GUGUGCCACAACAUGAGUGUCCUGGAGCGUGUAGCUGCACAUCGAGUCAGGAAAGCUACCCUGCUCUUUGUCAUCUUUCUCAUGGUGCAAGUGUAUGUGGAGGAGGUGGUGGGUGCACUGGGGACUCAGGGUUGCCCCCCUAUCUGCUCCUGCAGUAACCAGCUCAGCAAGGUGGUGUGUACCCGUCGUGGCCUCACUCAUGUGCCCCCUGGCAUUCCUGCCAACACAAGACACCUCAAUCUAAUGGAGAAUGUCAUUGAGGCAGUGCAAGCUGACUCCUUUCGCCAUCUCAAUCACCUGGAGGUACUCCAGUUAGGACGCAAUGCCAUUAGAGAGAUCGAAGUGGGAGCUUUCAAUGGGCUGACCAAUCUGAACACCCUGGAGCUCUUUGAUAACCGGCUGACUGUGGUACCUAGUGGGGCCUUUGAAUAUCUGUCUAAGUUGAGGGAACUGUGGCUCAGAAAUAACCCCAUUGAAAGCAUCCCAUCUUAUGCCUUCAAUCGUGUGCCCUCUCUAAUGCGACUUGACCUGGGCGAGCUGCGAAAGCUUCAAUAUAUUUCUGAUGGGGCCUUUGAAGGUCUGGUCAACCUUAAGUACCUCAAUUUGGGUAUGUGCAACAUCAAAGGGGAGAUUCCCUACUUGAACUCACUGCUCGUGCUGGAGGAGUUGGAGAUCUCCGAGAACAUUUUCCCUGUGAUCAAACCCAGCUACUUCAGAGGACUGACUUCACUUAAAAAGCUAUGGAUCAUGAACUCUAACAUAGGACUAAUUGAACGUAAUGCAUUUGAUGACCUGUCAUCACUGGUAGACCUAAACCUAGCCCACAACAACCUGAGCUCUCUACCCUUCGACCUCUUUUCCCCACUGAGGUACCUGAUGGAACUGCACCUCCAUCAUAAUCCCUGGAACUGCGACUGUGACUCACUGUGGUUAGCACGGUGGCUGCAUCAGUACAUCCGUACAAACUCAACCUGCUGUGGCAGAUGCCAUUCACCGGCACACAUGAGAGGUCGUCAGCUGGUGGAUGUAGCCCAAGGAGACACAGAUGCAAUGCAGUGUUCUGCGCCCUUCAUUUCUGAUGCUCCAAGAGACCUCAAUAUUUCAGCUGAUCGAGUAGCAGAGUUUCGAUGUAGAACAGCAUCUAUGUCAUCAGUGCAGUGGUUUUUACCAAAUGGUACUAUACUGACACAUGCAACCAACCACCCACGCAUAACCGUGGUUAAGGAUGGGACUCUAAACUUCUCAAAUGUGCUGGUGGGUGACACAGGCAUGUACACCUGCAUGGUGUCCAAUGCAGCUGGAAAAUCCAAUGCUUCAGCGUAUUUAAAUGUGAGUGCAGCAGAGCUCAACACAUCCAACCUCAGCUACUUCAACACAGUUACAGUAAAAGUUCUCGACCCAAUGUCCAACAUACCCAAACCCCGGACCACUACAGAAGCAAAUCAACGCACCACAACUACUACUUCGCCUUCAGCCUUUCAACCAGUUUUCAUCUCGACACCAACAGUCAUUCUCCAAAGCACUGACAUACCACCAAGCCGCCUGCCAGCCAUGCCCACGUCAAAAUUGACAACGGGGAAGCCAUCCAGACCCGCCAGUACCAGCCUGGAUGAGGUGAUGAAGACUACGAAGAUCAUUAUUGGGUGCUUUCUGGCAGUAACAUUACUAGCAGCAGUCAUGCUAAUUGUGUUCUAUAAACUGCGGAAGCGACAUCAACAAAGGAGCACAGUUUCAGCAGCAAGGACUGUAGAGAUUAUUCAUGUCGAUAAGGAGGACCUACCACCACCUGCAUCUGCUGCCUGUAUGUCAGGGGAUGGGGCAGUGAAACUACCAGUGAUAAGAGACCAUAACAGCAUUCAGAAAUUAGACUACAUCACCCACAAACUAGACUACAGCUACCAUACACCUCAACUCAAAUCAGAUUACAGCAUCCACAAACCCAAACCUCAUUUUAGCACCUCCAAAACCAAAUCGGACGACACUACGGACAUUCUGAAGACAGACUACACUAAACACAUGUCCAAAUUUGAUUACAACACACUUGCAAUAGUGGACUAUAGUUCUCACAAACCUCCUACAAACUACAUGCACAAGUCACUGCCUGAUUAUCACCUACACAAAAAAAAUGACCAGAGUCCUUACAAACCUGGAUAUAGCACUUAUAAGCCCGACUACACAUCUCAAGCAGUCAAACUGGACUUCAGCCCUUUCAAAUCAGAUUACACCAUUCACAAACCCAAAAUGGACUACAGUACGCACAAGCCCAAAUCUGAUUACAUUCCUAACAAAUCUGGUAUCAACUACAGCCCCCUGAAGAUGGAUUGUAGUCAUUUUAAACCUGACUACGGUGUGUUUAAGCCACUCAAAGCAGAAUACUUUAGUCACAAACAAGACUUGAGUCCCCAAAAACCUGAAAUGGAUUUCAACCAGCAUGAGAUAAAAUAUAGCACUCAGAACUCGUACAAGCCUUGGGGACAUACAAACAAAUGGACAGAAAACUGCAGCACUGGAAACUCUCUUCCACGAACUUUAUCCAGUAUCAGCACUAUGCCUGAGCCCUUCAUCAUAAAAACACAUAACAAGGAGAAAGUACAAGAGACUCAAAUCUAGUACUCAUCUAAAAGAACACUUCCCCUCAAAACACACACACAAACACACACACGGGGUGAGUUCUUUUAGAGAAAGAGGGCGAGAGAGAGAGUGUGGGAAAACCCGUGAAGUGUUGGCAAACAGACAAAAAAAAGAAAAAGAAAAAAAAAAAGAGGACAUUUACCAAAACUGAGCUUUUCUGCCCAUUACAUUAUGUGUAUAAAAAAUGUGGAUAUAUUUUUAUGUACUCUCGAACAUUGCCUUGGCUCUGAGCCUGCAGAGAUCAGUCUAAUAAACACACUUCCGUCAGUCCUA